AUGAAAUUGAAACCUAAAAAAGUGGAACGGUCAAGCGUGAAAUCAGUAGGAAAAUCUCGUAAGCAAAUACGCAAGGAGCUCAGAAAACAGAAAAAAAUCAAUAGAUCAAUUUAUUUCAAAAGUAAAAAUGAAUCACGUGCUGCGUCUGCACACGCCAGUGACAGUCAGGUGGAUCACAGCAAACUGACUGAUAAGAGUGUGAAAGAAGGACCUAAGAAUUGUACAAAAGAAACGAAAAGAAGAAAACUCGAAGACCUUGAACAUCAACGAAGAAAGGAAAAAAAUAGAUUACUCAAAGCAGCCAAUCUAAAGGAAGACAAAGAAAUUAAAAGAUUGGAAAAACAAUUGAAAUUGAACAAGAAGAAAAAGGAGACAGUUUCAAAGUCUUUUGUAUCAGAUGGUUUGGAUUGUAUCCUUCUAUUAUUCGACAACAAAAAAUGUUUUCAUACGUAUUGUAGCUUAUAUAUAUUAUAUUUACAAAUAAAAGAUAAGGACUGUAUCGUAGAGACAGAGAAGCAAAUUUUAGAAAAUGAAUUCAAUGUCAACUCUGAUGUAAAUUCCUUGAUAACAGCGGGAAGAAACGAAUGUACAGAUAGCAAACUAGAUAUUAUUAAUGAAAGUGAAGAUGAAAAUGUUGGUUCUGUUACAUUUGUCAAAAAACAAUGUGAGAAUAAGAGUGAUUCGAAUAAACUGGCACAAAUACCAAAGAAUAAAAAAAUAAAAUCAACACAAACAAAGAAAUCUAACGACAUCGACACUAACGACAAAGAUACAUGGGAAGAUAUUUAUGGACGAAAAAGAGAUAAAAAAGGUAAUGUUAUAGACAAUGCCAAUAAAUACAUCCCACCUGCUGCGCGAAUAAACACUGUACAUGGUACAAAUCCAGAUGAUGAAAAAUUGCAAUUGUUAGAAAAACAAUUGAAAGGAUGUUUAAACAGAGUGACAGAACAUAAUAUGUACAGUAUAGCAAACCAGAUUGAAGCGAUGUAUAUGACAAAUAGUCGUAAUAACAUGAACGAGGUACUAUCGAAAUUGAUAAUUGAAAGCUUAGUGUUGCACGUGAUCACACCAGAUCGUCUUGUUUCUGAGUACAUGAUGCUAAUCGUGAUAUUACAUGCAAAUAUUGGUAUCGAAGUAGGUGCUCAUUUUUUAGAGAAACUCGUUAAACAAUUCAUUCGAACACUGGAGAAGUCGCAAGAUGUAGCAAACAAAGAAUUGGAUAACAUCGUUCUUAUGAUUUCACAUUUAUAUAAUUUUAAAGUAUUUGGAUAUAAACUUCUUUAUCAGAUACUUGAUAAAUUGGCGAUGAAGUUUACGGAAAAAGAAAUUGAAUUGAUACUAAUUAUUCUGAAAACAGUGGGAUUUUCAUUGAGAAAGGACGAUCCGAAUGCUUUAAAAGAAUUUAUACAAAAUCUGCAACGAAAGGCUGGUCACGAGACUGAAAGAAAUUCAAGAGUUAAAUUUAUGUUGGAAAUUUUAUUAGCCAUAAAAAAUAAUAACAUCAGCAAAAUACCUCAAUAUGAUCCUUCUCACGUGGAACAUUUGAAAAAAGUUAUGAAAAGCAUAAUACGCAAAGGUAAUGCAAUAACACCAUUCAAUGUAUCUCUGACGGAUUUGUUGUACGCCGAUGAGAAUGGAAAGUGGUGGAUCAUAGGAUCAGCAUGGUCUGGCCCGAGUAACGCGAAUAGCAAAUCAGUUGCAAAAGGACACGAGCUUAAUUUCGGUACAAAAAUUCUGGAAUUGGCACGAAAACAGAGAAUGAAUACCGAUAUAAGGAAAAAUAUUUUCUGUAUCCUUGUGACGGCUGAAGAUUAUUUAGAUGCGUUUGAAAAACUGCAUCAUCUUGGUUUGAAGGAUCAACAAGAAAUCAUACAUGUUGUAAUGCAUUGCUGCUUACAAGAAAAUAAGUUUAAUCCUUAUUACGCAGUAUUAGCUCAAAAGUUGUGUGAAUAUAACAGAAAAUAUCAGCUUACAAUACAAUAUAGUCUUUGGGACAAAUUAAAAACACUGGAGACAUACGAAAAUAAACAGUUAUCUAAUUUGGCACAAUUUUUAAUUCACUUAUUUAUUGAAAAAUGUCUUGCUAUAUCAAUUUUAAAAGUUAUUCAUUUUACCGAACUGGAAAGACCUACUAUGAAAUUUCUUGAACAAAUUAUAUUAGGAAUUCUUUUGCACGAAAAUAAACAAGCUUGUUUGCAAGUAUUUGAAAGAAUCUCUGUUUCUUCUCAAUUACAGACUUUCAGAGAGAGCCUUCGUUUGUUUAUAAACUGCUUUUUAAUAAAAAAUUUACAUUCGUAUAAUAUGUCAGACAAGCAGAGACCAAUGCUAAAAGAGAGAAUCGAAUUGGUAGAUAAACUAUUAAUUUUACACGGAUCAAAAAUUGGAUUUUAA